CUGCAGCUUGGCGAGUUACGGUUGGUACAUCCGCACUGGGAUGAGUUAUGUGGACAGGCGUUAAAUCAGGCUUAUUAUGACAUUGUUAAAAAGGCCAACGAACUUUUGACGGACUGUCAAAGACGCGUACCAGUUGAGAGAGAUCUUCAUGAUGCCCUCUCAGUCCUAACUAAUCUUCAAGUACAUAUUUUGAAUCCCGUCGACAUACUGCGCCCAGCUAUGGACGAAGGUGUUUGCUGUUUCCCGUAUGGUGAGCUCCUAGACAAAAUCUGCGUGAUACUAGAAAAAGCUGAACGUAUGAUGAACGGUGAAUUUGAUCUCUUCGUAAAUUGGAAGCCAGUAGCCGAACUUGCACGGCAGGCUCAGAUGCAUUAUAAGACAAAAAUGGAAAGUAUCAUGGAAGAAAAACUUGGCGACGUUUUCAGGCUAAAAGCAAUACAACAGAUCCAAAGGAUUGACAGUUUUAUGAUUGAUUCUACAGUAUCCAAACUAGAGAAAGCAGCUCAUAUGGCACGAGACGAUUUGGAAUGGGAGAUUGAGCAACUACGACAGCAGAAUACCCAACUGAAAAAAGACAAUAGGGAACUAAAGAAGGAUUACAUGAGGCUGGAAUCUAGGGUCGAAAUCCUUGAAGGAAAAUUAAAAACUAUGGCACGGUUACUUCAGUAA